UCUCUCUCUCACCAUCACCACCGCCACCACCUAUAAAUCCCUUCCCAUUCCCUUGCCUUCACCAUUAAUACGUCCUCUCAAAACCCCACCUCCGUACCUUGUCAAUCUCAUCACACUUCCCAUCUCUCGCUCCUCAAUCUUCAUGGAUUUCGAAUUUCAAGAAUCCGACAUAGUUUUCACCGAUCAAGAUCAAGCAACGACGGAUCAGAGCAGCGACGAGGACGAGCAUGCCUACUACAGUUUCUGCAAUACACUGUUGGUGCCGGUUCACGACGAUUCGUGGGCUCGUGGCAAGUCAAUCAAGAAGAAGGCCAAGAAGAAGAAAUCGACAAACUCAUCGCCGGUCGAUAUCCCAGAGACUUUCAUCCGGUCCCCUGAAUCUGACUACAUGUUCGAGGAGGGAGACGACGGAGGGGAGGUCGUGCCACCACACCUGAUCGUUGAGCGGCGCGUGGCUGCGAGGAUGGCGUCCUCGGUAUGCUUUAGCCAUGGGAGGACGCUUAAAGGGAGACAUUUGAGUAAAGUGCGGAACUCAAUUCUUAGGAUGACCGGUUUUUUGGAAUCAUGAGAAGGUCUCUUUUGAAGAAUUCAUUAUUUUUUUCCCAGCACGCACAAAAAAUGGCAAAGAAAAAGGGAAGGGAAAUGUCAACAACAACAAAAUGACGGUGUCCUUUUCUUUGUUUCAUCUCCAUUUUCUUGAUGUCUUCUCAGUUUCUUUUUCAGAAUUUCAGUCAUUGUAACGGAAUGAAGAACUUUGGAUUCAAAUCGGAAUAGUGUAAAUGCGGGUUCUCGUGCAAUUCGUGCAAUUCAUUUUUCUUCCUUAAAAUUCAUAUACAGACAGCUUGUUGCACUAAUGUUGGGUUUUCAUGUGUAUUGUCUGAAAGCUCUACCUAAACAGCUGUUAUAUGAGGGAGGGAUUUUCUCUAUU